CAGCAACAGCAACAGUUCUAUCGCCGGCUGAUUGGCGACUGGGAUUUCAUCCGCACCAUUGGUGCCGGCUCCAUGGGUAAGGUCAAGUUGGCCAAGCACAAUACCACUGGCGAGAAAUGCGCCGUGAAAAUCGUACCCCGAGCAGCCAAGUUGUACCAGCGCGCCCACGCAAACGAUCCGCCGCUCAAGUCGCAAGAGGAGGCCAACCAGCGGCAGAAGGAGUACGAGAAGGAACUUGCCCGCGACAAGCGCACCAUCCGCGAGGGCGCCUUGGGCCGCUUGCUUUUUCACCCGCACAUCUGCCGGCUCUAUGAGAUGGUGCCCAUGACAAACCACUACUACAUGCUCUUCGAGUACGUCGAGGGCGGCCAGUUGCUUGACUACAUCGUGUCGCAUGGCUCGUUGAACGAGAAGUAUGCCCGCAAGUUUGCCCGCGGCAUCGCCUCGGCGCUCGACUACUGCCACAAGAACAACGUCGUGCACCGUGAUCUCAAGAUCGAAAAUAUCAUGAUCAACAAGGACGGCGAGAUCAAGAUUAUCGACUUUGGCUUGUCCAACUUAUACACGCCGCACCACUUACUUAAGACAUACUGCGGCUCGUUGUAUUUUGCAGCCCCUGAGCUCUUAUGCGCCAAGCCCUACACUGGACCCGAAGUCGACGUGUGGUCAUUUGGCGUGGUGUUGUAUGUGCUUGUUUGCGGCAAAGUUCCCUUUGACGAUCCUGUAGUGUCGGCAUUGCACGAGAAAAUCAAGAAGGGAAAUGUGGAAUAUCCUUCUUUUAUCUCGAGAGAAUGUGUUUCUUUGCUUUCUAGAAUGCUUGUGGUGAACCCUGCCAAGAGAGCGACACUAGAGGAGGUCAUCCAACACCCGUGGAUGAACAAAGGCUUUGAAAUUCCUGUGCCCAGCUACGCUCCAAAACGUCUUCCUUUGACCUUACCUUUGGAUCCACAAAUUGUGCAAACCAUUUCGUCGCUUGAUCUUGGCUCUGUUUCUGCCAUUACUGAAGAGCUUACCACAAUAAUAAGCAGUCCCGAAUAUCGAUUGAGUUCGGAUAACUGGUUCAUAAACUCGGGAAAUGGCCAGGUACCACGCAACACGGUAUCCGACCCCGUAUAUGCUUAUCAUCCACUUGUAUCUGUGUAUUAUUUGGUGGAUGAAAUGAGAAAGAGGAAGAGAGCGAAGGAAGAAGCCAUGAAAUCCCAUAUGCGCCAACAAUAUGCCGAUGCAUCCCAUAUUAACCAAGCUGGAUCUCCAGUGACCCAAUUGAGAAGUCCCUUACAGAAGCCUAAAAAGCCACCUCUGCUUCCGUUCCCCGAAAAAGCUCACACAUCAAUCACAUCGAACACUGCUGAAAGAUCAUCAUCCAGUUCUGGCCACCGCGAAGAGUUGGCGAGACAGUUCCAACAACAACAGAGUCCGAAAAUCUCAGUCAAUAAUCAAGAAACAUUGGAUCCAAAUUCUGGGAAGUCAACCGGUUUCAACAGUUUAAUAGGAAAAAUGUCAGGAAGAAAGCACAAGAAUCAGAGCCCAUCUCCAAGCGGAGAGUCUACGCCUGUCAAAGAAGAUCAAGUGGUGGGCUCCAUAUCUCCACAAUCUUCAGCACAACCCCUGGGUCACUUGUCACCUGUACUUGGUCUUCCUCAACAACAAAGACCAAGAAAUGAAGGCUCAGAUCUGUUUGUACGUCGUGGUGUGAGUAUGAAGAUCACAGCAAAGGAGAAAUUCGAUCCAAGAGGAGACAUGAGAGGCGAAGGUCUUCCGCACAGAGAUUCUGCUGUCAAAUUAGAAUCUGAAGGCUACAGGCCACACGGGCGCUCUAUUUCCACUGCAGGAAAGCCACCUGGAUACGUGCCUCUGGAAUAUCUUCCCCCGUUGCCAAAAAUCAAUACUGUUCAGAUGCAAAGUGGCACUACACUAGAAGCAGAUUCAUCAACUGAGGUGAAGCAGUCUCAUUUGCAAGUUAACAAGCAAUUCCACCCUACGGCGAGAGCAAAGUCGUUAGGUCUGCACGCGAGAAAGGAUUCUACUUAUUACAGAAGCGGUAAAAACAGACCUGCAUUACCUGACAACAUGGCUGCCCAGAAUAGCGAUGACGGUGUCAAUGCGCACCCCGAAGAACAUGGAUUGGGGUUGUUUGAUGAUGUAACUCUUGACGAGAAGUCCCAGUCCCACAUUCCACAACUAUCUGAGGCUCAGAUUAUUGAGCAAUUCAACAACGCGAAGCGGAAUACGAUGCUUUCUAUCGAAUAUCCCAAGACUUUUUUCUUGAAAGGAUUUUUCAGCGUGCAAACUACUUCCACUAAGCCAUUACCAGUGAUUCGUUAUAACAUAUUGAGGGCAUUGAGUAAGGUUGGAGUUCUGUUUCAGGAGGUUAAAGGUGGCUUUUUGUGUGUGCAUGCCAGCAUGGCACCUUCCAAAGAGAUAACUUCGGAUAAGAAUAUCACGCCCACAGCAAGCACCAUUAUUGAUGAGUACCGGCUGGAUUUGAAUAACGAGGAAAGACGUCUCUAUGGCGAUGCGUUCGACCUGUCUUCCGGCUCUCUUCCGAAGUUGAAAGGUGAUGCAGAGGGACUGAGGACGCCUGACAAUGAAAGAGGCUCAAUGCAAAUUCCUCAGAUUGUUACCCCUCAACAACCGUCUCAGCACCUCAGCAGGCAAGGUUCGUUGCACGGAAACGAGCCCUCUCUGACAGACUCCUCAAUUAAUCACGUGAAGGGUCAUAAGUCAUCAAAUUCAACGAAUGGCGGUCACAGGAGAAGAUUCUCAAUUGGUCAAACAUUCUUACAGAAUUACAGAAAGAAAGAUGGCUCCCAAUCUUUGAUGCCGCCAAACACUCCGGCCGCUGCCAAAAUUAACAAGAUCUUAAAUGCCAACGGCGAUAUUGAUGGAGAAAUCGACGAAGAGACUCUAGCUCAAAUGAAAAAAUUAUAUUUUGAUGACUAUUCAAUGGAGUCUGUUAACGAUGAAAUGAAUGGUGGUGGAAGCGACAUGCUUGUAUCAUCCAGAAUUGAGCAAAGAGCCAGACAUCAGCGAUCUAAUAGUGUUUUCAGCGAGGAUGAUGAUCACAAAAAAGUAGUGCGCAAGACGCCGUUGAAAUUUGAGAUAAAUAUCGUUAAAGUGCCUCUUGUGGGGUUGUACGGUGUACAGUUCAAGAAGACUUUGGGUAACACUUGGAGCUAUAAGACAUUGGCCAGUCGAAUCUUGGAGGAAUUAAACUUGUGA